AUGGGUAAGGAUAGCGUGGUCCACUGUUUUCUUUCAACUAAAAGACAAUCGAUUCAUGAAUUUAGCUAUCCAUCUACCUACAUUAAUAAUCAAUUUCAACGAUUCUUUUCAAAAUAUUUACCGACAUAUGUACCAUCGAUAUUGCCGUUCAUCGAGAAUGCACAACAAUUUUCGAUCUUACGUGAGGAAUUACUUGCACAUCCAUCCAUUCAACAAAUAUUGACAACAAAACGAGCUGCUAACGUCGAUAUUCUCAUAGACUCUUAUGCUAAUCCUCAGAAUGAUGGAUCAACAACUAUGCAGAACACACAGGCAAUUGUGAAGGAGACAGACAGCGAUAAAAUUUAA